AUGCGAAGGACAGGAAGGAAUGUCCACGAGGAUGUCUGGGGCAAGUCCUCUCCAGGCAGGGGAGCCUCCAGUGCCAGUGCACUAGGGCAGGAGAGUGUCUGCGUGUUCAAGGAAGAACCCCGAAGAUGCGGCUCCCACUCCCUGAGGAAUUUCUACACCGGGGUGUCCCGGCCCAGCCGCGGGAAGUCCCCCUUCAUCUCUGUCGGCUAUGUGGACGACACGCAAUUCGUGCGGUUCGACAGCGACGACCCGAAUCCGAGGAUGGAGCCGCGGGCGCUGUGGGUGGAGCAGGAGGGGCCGGAGUAUUGGGAUCGGAACUCGCGGAUCUACAAGCACCACGCACAGACUUUCCGAGUGAACCUGAACACCCUGCGCGGCUACUACAGCCAGAGCGAGGCCGGUUUAAUCACUGUGAUUGGUCGGGGAGGGGGCGGCGCUGACUUCGGGGCGGGGCCAGAGUCUCACUACCCUGUGGAUGUACGGCUGCGACGUGGGGCAGGACGGGCACCUCCUCCGCGGUACAGACAUUUAGCCUCCGGCGGCGCGGAUUACCUCGCCUUGAACGAGGACCACCUCGCCCUGAACGAGGACCUGCGCUCCUGGACCGCGGCGGACACAGCGGCUCAGAUCACCAAGCGCAAGUGGGAGGGCUCGGGUGAGGCAGAGCGCGACAGGAACUACCUGGAGGGCACCUGCGUGGAGUGGCUCAGCAGACACCUGGAGACCGGGAAGGACACGCUGCAGCGCGCAGACCCUCCAAAGACACAUGUGACCUGCAACCCCAUCUCUGACCGUGAGGUCACCCUGAGGUGCUGGGCCCUGGACGUCUACCCAUCGGAGAUCACCUAUAUGCUGUGCUGAGUCUGAUGGCUGUUUCCUGGAUUAUUCUUUCCAUCUUUUCCAAAGAAACCAAAAACUGGAAAGGAACAAGGAUUAAACCCUGGAAGUCCCAGUGCUACGUGAUCUGAUCAGACCACACACCUGAGCAGACUGCAGAGUUUUGGCACUACGUCUAGACAGCACAGAGACCAGGGAGUCCUAAACUUUAAUUUGCAUAAGAAUCAUCGGGACAUCUUGAUAAGAUUCAGAAGGCCUGCAAUAGGGCAUGGGAUCCUGUAUUAUAAUAAGGUUGGUGCUGAUUCUGCUAACUUUCAGAUCACAUUUAGUAGCAAGAACGCAGACCAGGAUUCCCACAUGGCUGUGCACCAGCCUCACCUGUAGGGCUUGUUGAAUAAGCAAGUCUUGGGCUCUCUGCCCAGCAUUCUGAGAUGGUGAGUCUGGGAAGAAGCCUGAGUAUUUUGCAGCAGUCCUUACAAGCAAUCUUGGGAUUCAGCCGGAUUGGGAACGACUGAGGUCAGCGAUCAGAGAGCACUCAGGUUGGGGAGGAGCCUUAAAUCCACACUUGGGGAAGCAACCUAACUGUCCAUCAACAGAUGAAUGGAUAAAGAAGAUGUGGCACAUAUAUACAAUGGAAUAUUACUCAGCCAUAAAAAGAAAUGAAACUGAGUUAUUUGUAAUGAGGUGGAUAGACCUGGAGUCUGUCAUACAGAGUGAAGUAAGUCAGAAGGAGAAAAACAAAUACCGUAUGCUAACACAUAUAUAUGGAAUCUAAGAAAAAAAAAUGUCAUGAAGAGAUUAGUGGUAGGACAGGAAUAAAACACAGACCUACUAGAGCAUGGACUUGAGGACAUGGGGAGGGGGAAGGGUAAG